UCUCACGGUCACAUUCACAUACCCAUUGGCAUACGCAGUGACCGAUGCGCACUGUCACCCGACCGACGUCCCCUUUACGGAGCAGACAGUGAGCAAUGUCGGGCUGGGCGGAUUAUCGAGCAUGGCGACGCGGACGAUGGAUCAAGAGCUCGUAGCAGAGUUCUCGGAGGAUCAUGGACGUAGAGACGAGGACGAAUAUGGGAUGGAGAGGGAAUCGAAACGACGGCGUCGAGCUGGACCCGAGGUGAUCGCUUGUUUCGGGUAUCAUCCUUGGUUCUGUCACCUAUUACACUUGGGUAGCCCAGAUCGGAAAGUCAGCAAGGAGGAGCAUUAUGCGAGCAUCUUCCUGCCUAGCGAAGCUUCUACCAGCUAUACGUCGCAAAAACAACUCCUCGAUGAGAUCAUCCCGGACCUCCCCGAACCAAUAGCCAUUCAACCUUUGAUCGAGCAGAUGAGGACGCACGCUGUUCAGGCUCAGAUACGUGGGAGCCUGGUCAUGAUCGGGGAAGUCGGCUUGGACCGCAGUUUCCGGGUUCCUUUUCCCGGCCACAAGGCGAAUCAUUGUGGAGAACACACCGAAGUUGAGGAGCACACAAAUACACCUUCCGUAGCUGAUGCUGAGGCAAAGAUCGCUACCUCGGGGGAAGAAGAGAUGGCCAAAAAGUUGAAUCAACCCGAGUUGAUCUCCCGGAGCAAGAACUUGACCCCCUUCCGUCCUUCUAUGGACCAUCAAAUCGCCUUGCUAGACAUGCAGAUGGAUCUCGCCGUCGAGCUCGGGAUCAAUGUCAGUUUGCACAGCGUUAAAGCUCAAGGGCCGACGUUGGAUUUCUUGAGGCGUUUCAAGAAAAAGCACGGCGCGAUGUUUACCGAUCGGGUCAACGUGGACGUGCAUAGUUGUGGGGGGUGGAGCGUAGAGAGUUGGGUCGACGCUGAGAAACACUUUCCCAACCUAUACCUAUCUCCCUCGAUCGCCAUCUCUGGUCGAACGCCCGUCACACCAUACCUCAUACGUGCGGCCGCUCCAUCCCGUCUACUGGUAGAGAGCGACACGCAUCUCAUUCAGGAUACAACCAAGAGAGUCUGGGCAGCGACUGUAUGGAUAGCCAAGUGCCGCGGGUGGAAGAUCGAACGAACCAAAGACGAUCUCCAGGGGGAAGAUAGUGGGGUAGUAAGCCGCCUGGAGAGCAAUUGGAACAGAUUUAUGAAUCUGUAACCUUAUGGAGUUGCCGAAGGCGGAGCCGAGUAGAUGCUAGAUAUUCACAUAUACCUUGACUCUGACCCUGUCCGAACUCGACGUGCGAAGU